AAAAAUACAAUCACCCACUACCUAGAUUAUUCGGUUGUACAAGAAUUCAACAAAGAAACAUUCUCUACAAAAAUGAUGAGCAAUAUUCACCAAGAAGUGUGUUUGACAUUUGAUGACGUUACACUUGUUCCUCAAUAUAAUAACGUUCCUUCACGUUUGCACCCUUCAUUAGAUACUUGGUUGACAAAGAAUACAAAGAUUGGAAUGCCACUCCUUGCUGCUAAUAUGGAUACAGUUAUUGGUGAUGAAUUGGCUGAUGUUUUGAUUGCUAAUGGAGGUAUUCCAUUAUUCCAUCGUUUCACUUCAUUUGAAAAACAAUCUGAAUGGGUGAAAAAAUAUGAAAAUAAUUGUUUUGUUUCUUGUGGUCUCAAUGAUAUGGAAUCAACUGUAAAAUUGUUGGAAUUGGGAGCUAAAGGUGUAGUUAUUGAUAUUGCUCAUGGUCACAGUGAUGCUAUGUGUACAUUUAUUAGAAAUUUAAAGAAACAAUUACCACACAAGGAAAUCAUUGCUGGUAAUGUUUGUACACCAAUGGGCUAUCAAGAUCUUGUCACAGCUGGUGCUGAUGCAGUUAAAGUUGGUGUUGGUUGUGGAGCUGCUUGUACUACAAGAAUCAAGACAGGUUUCGGAUUACCACAAUUUUCUGCCAUCAAGAAUUGUGCUGAAUUAGCUCGUAAACUCCGUGUUCCAAUUAUUGCUGAUGGCGGUAUUGUUUUUGAAAGAGAUAUGGUUCUUGCUUUAGCUGCUGGUGCUAGUACAGUCAUGAUGGGAAGUAUUUUUGCAAAGACAAUGGAAAGUGCUGCUCCAAAAUCAAAGAAAACUUUAGAAAACGGUCAAGAAAUUACUCUUGUCAAGUAUAGAGGUCAGGCCAGUAAGGAUUUCCAAGAUGAUUUCUAUGGAGGUUUGAAGAAAGGUACUGUUCCAGAAGGUGUUUCAUUCCAUGCCAAAUGUACAGGUUCUGCUCAAGAUGUUAUUGAUAAUUUCUGUGGUUCAUUGAGAAGUGCCCUCACUUAUGGAGGUGCCAAAGAUAUUAAAGAAUUGCAAAGAAAGGCAGAAUUUGUCAGAGUGACACCAAACUUUGGUAAGGAAUCACAUCCAAGGCCAGAACAACUUUAAAACUUGUAAAUAUUAAAAAAAUUAAAAAAUUGAAAGUUU